AUGGAGCAUUUGAACAUUAUACAUGUGGUGUACACCCAGGCGAAGGAUGCGGCACAUUUUGAUGCUUUGGCAUUGAAAGCUUUAACCAGCUUGCAGCCGGAGAUCCGCAAGAGUGUCGAAGCGAAACUGCGAGCCCUGCAGGGCCUUCCGAGCCAAGCUGCUCCCGCAGUGCCGGCCCAACCUGUUGAAACGACCGCUGUGCCUGACCCAGCCUCCGCUGCAGUGUUUGCCGAAGCACCUGUUAACCCGAGACCUGCUAGCCCAGCCUCCGCUGCAGUGUCUGCCGAAGCACCUGUCCCGACACCUGCUAGUCCGGCCCCCGCCGCAGUGUUUGCCGGAGCACCUCUCCCACCGGCGAAGCCAGCCUCUGCCGCCGCAGUGUCUGCCGAAGCACCUCUCCCGACACCUGCUAGUCCGGCCCCCGCCGCAGUGUCUGCCGGAGCACCUCUCCCACCGGCGAGGCCAGCCUCUGCCGCCGCAGAGUCUGCCGAAGCACCUGUCCCGACAGCUGCUAGCCCAGCCUCCGCAGUGUCUGCCGAAGCACCUCUCCCGACACUUGCUAGCUCCGCUGCAGUGUCUGCCAAAGCACCUGUCCCGGCACCUGCUGGUGUCCCUACGGUGCCUGCUGUACGUGCUUCAGGUGAAGCCACCGCCGCAGUUUUCCCUUGGCCUUGUAACUACGUGGCUGCAGCUGCAGCCAGCAGCCCAGCCUCCGCUGCAGUGUUUGCCACAGCACCUGUCCCUGUUGUUGAAGCACCUGUCCCGACACCUGCUAGCCUAGCCGCUGCAGUGUCUGCUUCAGCACCUGUCCCGACACCUGCUAGCCCAGCCUCUGCCGCAGUGUCUGCCGGAGCACUUCUCCCGACAGUGUCUGCCGAAGCACCUGUCCCGACACCUGCUAGUCCGGCCCCCGCCGCAGUGUCUGCCGGAGCACCUCUCCCGACACCGGCGAGGCCAGCCUCUGCCGCCGCAGUGUGUGGCGAAGCACCUGUCCCGACACCUGCUGCUAGUCCGGCCCCCGCCACAGUGUCUGCCGGAGCACCUCUCCCGACACCGGCGAGGCCAGCCUCUGCCGCCGCAGUGUCUGCCGAAACACCUCUCCCGACACCUGCUAGCCUAGCCUCCGCCGCAGUGUCUGCCGGCCGCCCGGCCUCCACCGCAGUGUCUGCCAAAGCACCUCCCCCGACACUGGCUAGGCCGGCCUCCGCCGCAGCACCUGCCGAAGCACCUGUCCCGACACUGGCUAGCCCAGCCUCCGCCGCAGUGUCUGCCGAAGCACCUGUUCCGCGACCCCUGAUGCUUGCCGUCCCUCACACCACUUUCUUUGCGGCUGCAGCCGAGGCCGUGCCCACGCAGCCUGCAGUCGACAGGCCUAGCCUGAAACGCCGACCGCCGAUCGACCCGGAUGCCUUACCUGUCCUGACACCAGAGCACAAAGCAAAGUAUGCCAACUAUUGGACGUCUUACUUCAAGAAGCAGAAAUCGGAGUCCGAACUGUCGAUGCCAAGCACCCCGCCGACAACGUCGCCGACAACGCCGGCUUCUACCGUGGAUUCGAAUGACAUGCUGGAGAGCCUGAUGCAGAAAGCCCGACACGACAGUGCUUUUCUGUCGAGGCUGUUGUCCUUGGCAGGCCUGGACUCCCCCAGUGCUUCCGUUGCUCCACCACUGAGCACAUCUUCCGCUCCUGCCAGCCUCGAUCCUGUGCCCAGUCAAGUGCCGCCGCAGCCUGCUCCUGCCGUUGCUGCUGCAGUCCCCACGGUGCCCAAUCCAGCUUUGACAGUGCCUCCUAAGGCUGAUCCUGCCGUUGCUCCCGCAAUCGCCACGGUGCCGAGUUCAGCUUUGACGAUGCCUAGUCAGGCUGCUCCUGUCGCAAUCCCUGCUGUGCCAAAUCCACCAUUGGCAGUGCCUCAGGCUGCUCCUGCAGCUCCCGCAAUGCCCGUGGUGACAGUGCCCGAGGCUGCUCCUGCCAGUGCUAUGCAGACCCUGGAAGUAGCUGUGCAGCAGGAAGAUUUCAAGUGCACGAGCAAGACGCAUCCUGCUGCUUGGGCAAAGAUGAAUCGCUUCGUGGCGAGAAACGAAGUGUGCAAGGAGCUUGGCAAAGCCUGGCAGAGCCUUGGCAUGAUUGAUUUUACACACGCAAACCGUUGGAAAGUCCUGUGCAGUUUUGUUCUCAAGUGUCAUAUUUUGUUUUGUUGCUGGCUCCCUGAGGGCGGGUGGUGA